CCCAAUUAAGUUCAUUUCUUUGGUAAUGAGAAACUCAAUGGUAAAGCUCAUGGUAAAAGCUUGAGAAAUAUAUAUCACGUCACGCUAUAGAAAUCGCAAUAUUAAUUUUCUCCUCUUACUUCUCACGAGAAGUUAACAUUAACCAUAUUUUCGUUGCAUCGAAGAAACCUCGCAUAUGUUCGAAUUACAUCGCAGCUUCAAUUUGCUGAGUCCCUAGUCGCUUAAUAAAACAAGAAGGCACGAUCCUAACGACGAAGAUAAAACUAAUAUUUUCUGUCACUGUAGCACGAAUACAAUUUAUCUCACGCAUAUUGAAUUUGUAAUGGAAGUCCCGAGUUUCGCAGAUCUUGGAAAAAAUGCGAGGGACAUUUUUAAAACAGGAUAUCACCAUGGCAAAGGUCUUGUCAAAUUCAAUAUCAAGACCAAAGUCACCAAAAAAUUCCAGCUGAUGAGUGACACAACAUUAAAUUUCGAAGUAUCAAAGUUAACCGGAUUAAUGGAAACAAAGUACAAGGCGGAUGCUGGAACUCUGCUGUUAAAAUGGACGACCGAUGGUGUGCUUUUUCUGGGAUACGAGUUUAAUGAGCUGCUAAUGAAGGGCGUUGAUUUGCUCUCCGAGUGCUCUUACAAUCCGGAAACGGCUGCGAAAAGCGUGAAAGUCGGCUCGAAGUUUGUCAGCGAAAGAAUGAACGCAUACUGCGAGAUCUCCAACGAUUUGGAUUCGGGUACCAAUUUGCUCGGUUCGGUGGUGGUGAAAUGCCGGGAUCUGCUUCUGGGCUACCAGGGUGGCUACGACACGGCCUCGAACAGCAUAACGAAAAACGACGUCGGUGUCGCUUAUGGUUUCCCCGACAUCGACCUGCACUUUCGAUGCACCUCUAUACCGCACGUGUAUGGGCUCUCCGUGUUGUACAAAGCGAGACACGACUUGGGCAUCGCUGCGAACGGAAUAUACGCGAAACGAGGCGACGUGCAAAAAUGGACAGUCGGCGCCGGGGCGAAGUGCAAGCUCGACGAGAGGUCGACCCUGCGAUUUAAGUUCAACACUGAUCUUCAGUUAGCCACAAGUCUCCUGCAAAAGAUCAGCGACGGUGUCACGCUGAUUCUUUCGUUCAACAUAGACUGCGCGAAUGUCACCAGAGGUGGUCACAGAGUGGGACUGGCACUCAACGUCGAUGCUUAAGCUCACAAAUCUUAAUUUACGACGGAUUUGCAUGUGUGCAUGCAAAUCUCGGAUUUGUGAUGUCCUUUGUAUUGUCUAUUGUACGUGAAUGGUUGUAAAAUCUCACCGACGAUCGACCACAUAUCAACCAUGGGAUGUAACUGAAUUUUUCUUUUAUAUAGAAAUCUGUGAAUC